AUGAUACUCCCUGCUCGCUCUUCUGCGGUCCAACAACCCCCCACUCCCUGCCAUGCCGCUGCCAUUGAUCUGAAGAGGCGCCAUAGCGCUGUCGCUGUCGACCUUCAGGAACGACAGUUGAUCAGGCUUCCCAUUCCACUGCCUUCAAUACCCAUCCUCGACCCUCUCGUCUCGAAGAUCAUCCAAGGCAGCAAUAGUGAUCCUAACCCUGGUGGGGGGAACGGUGGAGGGAACAGCGGUGGAGGUAAUAAUGGCGGCGGUAACAACGGUGGAGGAAACAACGGUGGAUCGAAUAACGGUGGGGGGAAUAAUGGAGGAGGGAAUAAUAAUGGAGGAGGGAAUAACGGAGGAGGGAAUAACGGAGGAGGAAACAACGGCGGAGGAAACAACGGUGGAUCGAAUAACGGCGGAGGCAACAACGGUAAUGGGAACGGGGCAAACAAUGGCGGGGGGAACGACGGUAACUCGGGAGGAAACCCAGACGGAGGAGGAAACAACGGCGGGGGUCAGCCAGGCGGGAAUUCAGGCAGCGACGGCGGGAGCACCGGAGUUCAACCCACUCCAACAGAUCGCGGCUCACAGUCACCCUCUGGCACUGCCUCUCCAUCUCAGCAAGGCCCUGGUCGUGGCGGAAGUUCGAUCUCAGACUCUGACGAUCCUGAAGAAACUGGUCGCCCUCGCACGGGCAACGGCAACUCCAACACUGAUACAUCCCAAUUCCAUCCAACCGAUAACCAACGAGGCCCGGUGAACGCUGCACCUGUGCCCGACGAGGACAUUCACUCAAUUGUGACCGUCUCCAAUGGUCGCACCAUGACCAUUCCCAACACCCGUAUCAGCCCUACUGGAACCUCGAUCACGGGGGUCUCCUCCAACCCUACCGACCUUGCCGACCCCGGUAAGACGGCAUCCCACAACGACCCGGGUCACUCCAACCGAAUCAUAAUCGCCGUCGCCGUCGUGUCCUUCCUCCUCUUCGCCGGGAUCCUCUUCCUCGUGGGUCGACGGUACUGGAGGUCCCGCCGCACCGAGCAGCAAAACUUCUGGUGGUUCAAUCGCAAACGCACUUCGCGCACCUUCCACGAUGACUCGCGCCGUUCCUCCAAGCGGAGUAGCUUUGGGACGCUCGACUUGCGUGGAGACGAUCCGUUUGGGAAUAGAACGCCAAGCGAGUCACCUGUUCCUCCAAUGGUGCAGGUCCCACCCGCGCAGAAUCCGUUCCAAGGUCCGAACGAGCCUUCGUCAUCGAUUUCUGUGGAUCGGCGAUUCUCGGUUGGAAGUAUGGGCAGCAAAGACUCCCAUUUUACGGUCGUGCACUUUGGUCGUGCGAGCCUCGAUACGUCGGAUUCCCACCAACAAGCCCAUACCCCCUUGGCCUCCACGUUCUCAUUCCCCAAACCCCCUGGAAGCGACCGCGCUUCGUCGUUGUCGUCGGCAAGGAGCUCAGCAAGGUCGCCCUCCCCAACUACCCGAAGUCUCGCAGCGAUCGCUGAAUCAUCGGAACCCCAGUCCUCAACUUACUCGAUCGCGCCCAUGGAUAACCGCCAGAGUGUCCUCUCUGGACAGUCGUCGAGCUACUACCACUCGGACGACCCGUUCAGCGACUCUAACGCCAGCUCCGUCGGCACCCACGCUCCUUCCGGUUCCCGUGUCCCUCCUCAGAUCGUGGUGCAACAAACGUAUGUGGCGUGCAGUCCGCACGAGUUAUCUGUCAAGGAGGGUGACAGCGUUGUCCUUGUGGAGACCUUCAGUGGGGGCUGGGUCGUUGCUGAGAACGUGGCCACUUCGAAGAGGGGGAUGAUACCCCUUGCUUGUCUGACUGGAUGGCCGGCGUCGCAGGAGGCGUAACGAACGUGGUUCGGGGCUGGCUUUUUGAAUGACGCUUUCAGCGAGACCCUUUCUUUUUGCUCUUUUACAGAUGAUUCGCCUGACUGUUUUUGCGACGAUUUCGUUUCGAUUUUGGAUUGAUUUGCUUUGUUUCGAUCUGUCUUCCGGUUUUCAAUUUCACGAUGGCAUGAUCUUUGAACCUGGAUUGGACUUACCAUCUGUACCAUCUUCAAUCGUAGCCUUACCAUUCCCGCUUUCUCUCUUCUAUCCCGCGGACUGCUCCCCUAUACCACCUUCCACGC